AAAGAUUGACUCGCAGACUGAUUUAGUCGUUCGGCAGACUAGGAUGUAAUUCUCGAAACGAAAAUUUUAAUUUUAAUAUACCUUACACGAUUUACUAUAGUAACAUCGCGGUUUUGAAUGCGGUUCACGUGCAAUCAGAAGAUUUAGCAUUCGAAUAUUGGCAGCGCACACGCCAAUUUUAUGCGUUCAACUGCAAAUAACUAACAAUUUAUUGUAUUUUAUUCCGUGACUACUGGUCACAAUAGCUAUUUAUUUCAUAUAGUGUGACUUUAGUAUAAAAUACGCAUUGUUAAUUCAUCGAUAUGGCGUAUUCCUUGUUGACACCAUUCAAUGAAUACCUGCAAAUAGAGCAGAGCAAAUAUCCGGAGAUCACGAUUGACAACAUCCAGAAGUUAAAGGAGAGCUUAGAGGACGAUCAGACUUUGCCGCCUAUAUCGGACAAAAAAUAUUUAGCAUUUCUACACAGCUGUAAUUUUGAUAUAGAAUUAGCCAAAAAUACCAUCAAGAAAUAUUUCCAGUUUCAUUUUAGAAUUCCACAAGUCUUUUGUGAAUUGGAUCCAUUAGCCGAUGAUAUAGAAUUAAGUUAUAAUUGCUUGAGCAUUUGUCAAAUGCCGACUGUCAACACUAAAAAAAAUGAUCGAGUUCUAUUUAUGAUGUUCCAAGAUACUAAUCCUGAAAUGUUCGAGUACUUGUCACUUUUCAAAUACCUCGCCAUGUGGAUGAAUUAUAUGCUAUUGAAGUACGGUACGUGCGACGGAAUGAUUAUUGUAAUAGAUUCCAAAGGGUUAAAUUGGCGUCAUAUCGUAAAAUUACCCAUUGUAAUUACUGGUAAAAUGUUGAAAUUCUUGGAAGUUGCUCUACCAAUUCGUUUAAAAGCUAUACAUGUUAUGAAUGCUGGAUCAGCUACGCAAAUGGCAAUGAAAAUGGUUACGCGAUUCGCUAAUCAAGAUUUAAUAGAAAAGAUAAAACUUCAUCCAGUCGGUUCAGACGAUAUUUUCAAUUAUGUAUCGAGAAAUGAGUUGCCAGAAGAAGUAGGGGGAUUUGGAAAAUCUCAUAUCUUCUACAACGAUGAACUUUACAAUGACUUGAUAGAUUUUCGUGAUGUUUUUGUUGAACAAAAUGAAGUACUGAAUAAUCAAAUGAUGUAUGCGAAUCAACAACUUGAUCAAAAUGACAAAUAAAUUACCAAUACUAUGUUUUAAGAAAAACUUUUCUUACGAAAAACAUUUUAGUUUAAUGGAUCAAA